UUAUAUUUUUGCGGAGCCGCUCUAUUCUUUCCCCCGAACAAAUUCUCUUCAGCGACGAUGGUGUGCGAAAAGUGCGAGAAGAAACUAUCAAAGGUGAUCGUACCGGACAAGUGGAAGGAGGGCGCCAGCAACACCACCGAGGGCGGCGGCCGAAAGAUCAACGAGAACAAGCUUCUCUCCAAAAAGAGCAGAUGGACACCAUAUGGAAAUACUAAGUGCAUUAUUUGCAAGCAGCAAGUCCACCAAAAUGCUAAGUACUGCCAUACAUGCGCUUACUCAAAAGGGGUCUGCGCAAUGUGUGGGAAGCAAAUACUGGAUACAAAAUUUUAUAAGCAGAGCAAUGUGUGAAAUUCUCCUGGAUUUGCUUUGAUCUGUACAUUAAAUGUGCUUAUUACUGUAGACAGAGAAGCUUUAUGGCAAGCCCUAUGAGUUGAUUGGAUAAAACUUUGCCGCAAUAUUUAUGGACUCUUUUAACUUGUUUCUUGUUUCGAAAAAUACACAAAUUGCAACCUAUUUGCAUCACGCUUGCUCGCCUAGUAUUUACUAGUUGUUGUUUACGGUUAUUGUAUGACUGAAUUUUUAUAAGCAUCCUAGUUAUGGA